GGGAUCCCUCCGCCGCAGAAGGAGGGAGGGAAGCGUCGAGGGCGGCCUGGCGAGUGCCGGUCCGGAAAGAGAGGGCGGCGGCGGAGCAGGACGGAGCCUACGGGACAGGCGGGCCCCACCCCGGUCCAGCCAUGGAAGCCGAGGAGAGCGCCGUGGAGAGCAGCAGCGACGCGGCACCCCGUUUGGGUCCCCGGGAGGAGCCCUCUGAGAGCGGCCUGGGCAUGGAGGGCUCGGAGGCCGUGUCUGCGGACAGUAGCGAUGCAGCCCUGGCGCCCGGAGCCCCCUCAGAAGCGGACCAGUCCGGUGUGGGGCAGAGCUGGGACCAUGGGAGGGCCUCUCUGGCCGAGAUGCCCGAGAGCAGCUCCAGCGCGGAGGCCUUCCCCCGGGCCUACCUGCCGGACUCCUCCUCCAUCGCCCAGCCGCGAGGGCCCUCCUGCGCCUCCGCCGUGAGCCAGUCCGUCCCGGCCUCCCGCUCCCCGCAGGGCCUGGUCCACUCCAGCGCCCUCCCCGAAGGGACGCCCGUCGUCUCCAACUCGGCCGCCUCCACCUCCUCCGACCUGGGCUCCGCCAUCGACAAGAUCAUCGAGUCCACCAUCGGCCCGGACAUCAUUCAGCGGUGCAUUGCUGUAACGAGCGAGGACGAUGGCGGGGCUCAAACCACCCAGUACCUGAUCCUGCGAGGGCCAGAUGACGGUGCUGCUGGGGUGUCUCAGGUGGCCAGCUCAGUCCUGGCGCACAGCUUGGCCUCCGAGGCCCAGGCGGAGGGACCCACCUCGACCUGCGCGGAGCCCCCCGUGGCCCCAGAAGAGGAGGAGGAGGAGGGGGAGCAGGAGCAGGAGCCUCCGUUGCCCCCGCCGGAGCCUUCUUUGCCUGGGGAGCCGGACCUGGAGAGCCUGGAGGAGCUGAUGGAGGUGGUGGUGGUGCAGCGCUUCCGGUGCAAGAUGUGCCGCUACAAGAGCGCCUCCAAGCAGACCCUCAUCCACCACAUGCGGGAGAGGCACUUCCAGCCAGCUCCAGCCCCUGGCCAGAAAAGGGGCCGCCCGCGUAAAGGGGUCCUUGUGCCAAAGGAGCCGGACAGAGAAGAGGAGGAAGAGGAAGACGAAGAGGAAGAGGAGGAGGAGGAGGACGACGACAUCGUGGACGCAGGCGCCAUCGACGACCCCAAAGGCGAUAGCGACUACAACCCGGCCGAGGACGAGCCCAAGGGUGGCCGCCUGCCCAGGCCCAUCUGCCGGCCCCUGCCCUCCUCCAGCCAGGAGCAGCGCCUGCGCCGACGCCCGGGGAGGCCCCGCAAACACCCGCGCCUGGAGGGACCCCUCCCACAGCAGCAGCAGGAGGGUGGCAAAGUGGAGCCGGUGGUCUCCUCCCAGUGUGGCCCCCAGGGAGUCCCCCGGGGCCCCGAGGCGGCCGCCUCCUCCUCCUCCUCGGACCCAGCGCCUUUGGGGGACCCGGGCCUCGCGGAGCCCAUUGUGAGCCAGUCGGACUCAGAGAACAGAGAUCCGGCCUGCCAGGAGGAGGAAGAGGAGCCUGAAGCGCUGCUGCCCCGGAGGCGCGGGCGGCCCUCCCACCGCUUCCUGGGCAAGAAAUACCGCAAGUACCUGGGGAGAAGGUACAGCUACAAGUCCUCGAAGCCCCUGCUGCGGCCCUUCCUCUGCCGGAUCUGCGGCUCGCGCUUCCUGACGCAGGAGGACCUGUGCUUCCACGUCAGCUCCCACGAGGCCGGGGACCCCCAGCUCUUCCGGUGCCUCCAGUGCAGCUACCGCUCCCGGCGCUGGUCCUCCCUGAAGGAGCACAUGUUCAACCACGUGGGAAGCAAACCCUACAAGUGCGAGGAGUGCGACUACUCCAGCGUCUACAAGAAGGACGUGAUCCGCCACUCCGCCGUCCACAACCGGGACAAGAAGAAGAGAGCCGACCCGCCCCCCAAGCGCAGCUCCUUCCCCUGCCCCAUCUGCGACCGCGUCUACUCGAUGCAGAAGCGGCUCACGCAGCACAUGAAGACGCACAGCAGCGAGAAGCCCCACAUGUGCGACAAGUGUGGGAAGUCCUUCAAGAAGCGCUACACCUUCAAGAUGCACCUGCUGACCCACAUCCAGGCUGUGGCAAACCACAGGUUCAAGUGCGAGUUCUGUGACCACGUCUGCGAAGACCGGAAGCUGCUCCUCAACCACCAGCUCCGCCACGUCAACGACCGGCCCUUCCGCUGCAGCCUCUGCCCCUACGCCACCGUCCGCGAGGACUUCCUGCUCUCCCACACCGCCGUCAAGCACACAGGCGGGAAGCCCUUUGCCUGCGAGUUCUGCCACUUCACCACGAGGCACAAGAAGAACCUGCGCCUGCACGUGGGGGGCCGCCACGCGGAGCACUUUGAGGAGUGGGCCCAGCGACACCCCCAGGAGCCCCCCUGCCGCCGGCGCCCCUUCUUCACCCUCCAGCAGAUCGAGGAGCUCAAGCAGCAGCAGCAGCAGCACAACCCCACUGAGGCCGCCCUCCCCGCAGACCCCGGCACAACGGUCACCUUCCAGGCCAUGCAGGGCCCCCCUGACCCGCCGCAGACCCCCACCCUCUCCCAGGAGCCUCUGGAGGAGACCACCAUCAUCUAUGAGCCAGACGUGGAGGGCUCCGCAGAGCUGGCCACGCAGACGGCCCUGGACCUGCUGCUGAACAUGAGCAGCCGCCGGGAGAUGCCCACCAGCACUUUGGAGGUGUCGGUGGUGAAGGCGGGGGGCAUGGCCUCGGGGGCGCAGGAGGGGUGCCCGGAGCCCCCGGCCCAAGUGCUGACGCUCCACGUGACCACGACGGAGCACCGGGAGGCCCUGGCGCAGGAGCCCUUCCCGGAGGCGGUGCUGGGCGGCCCCCCCGGCAUCCAGCAGGUCACCAUCCCCUUCAGCAGCGGGGCCAACGCCGCCGCCGCCACCGAGUACAGCAUCGUCUCCGCGAAAGAAGAGGCCGCCAGCAUCCUGUACAGAGCGGAAGCGGAGGAGGAGGAGGCAGAAGGGGAAGCGGCAAAGGCUGAGAUGCAGAGCUCACGGAAGGGCAUGAUGGACCCCAGCAGCAGCAGCAGCAGCCUCCAGGCACCUGAGGGCCCCACACAGCCUUCGCCACCUUCUGCUCAGCCUGUCCUGACCUGUCCACUGCAGGCGGAGGGAGAGCCCCAGGGCGCGGUCCGGUGGCCGCUGGUGCAGUGCCUGGCCUGGGAGACACACCGGACGGUGGCUCUGGCCGCGGGGGAUCAGGAGCCGGGCCCCGCCCAGGCCGAGGGGUCUCUACCGCAGAGCGGAGCGGCCAAGCAGCCCCCCGGCAAAGUCCCCACCGCCGGCCCCAAGAGGCUCCCGGGGAAAGGCGCCUCCGCCUCCUCCUCCUCCUCGGCCAAGACCUUUUCCUGCAAGAUCUGCGAGGCCGCCUUCACCGGCCGGGCCGAGAUGGAGAGCCACAAGAAGGCCCACGCGGGGCCCGGGACCUUCAAGUGCCACGACUGCGCCUUCACCGCCGCCGCCUGGCCGGACGUCCGGAGCCACAUGGUGCAACAUGCCAGCCUCCGUCCCCACAAGUGUCCGCACUGCAGCUUCGCAUCCAAGAACAAGAAGGACCUUCGGCGGCACAUGCUGACCCACACCAACGAGAAGCCCUUCGCCUGCCAUCUCUGCGGACAGAGGUUCAACCGCAACGGCCACCUGAAGUUCCACAUGCAGCGGCUGCACCGGGCAGAAGGAAAGCCCUCGACCGACCGGCCCCCCGCCUCUGCCCCCCAGACCAUCAUCCUGAGCAGCGAGGAGGAGGCCUUGGCCACCCUACAGACGGCCCUGCAGUCCGGCCAAGCCGUCCUGACCCCCGAUCGGCUCCAGCAGGCCCUGGGCCAGGAGCACAUCAUCAUGACGCAGGAGCCCAGCCCCAACGGACAGGAGGAGGCCACCUACAUCCAGGAGAUCAUGACAACGGCAGACGGGCAGAUGGUGCAGCACCUGGUGACAGCAGAAAAUCAGGUCCAGUACAUCAUCACUCAGGACGGCGUCCAGCCACUCCUCCCCCACGAAUAUGUUGUCCUUCCGGAGGGGCACCACCUCCAGGUGCAGGAGGGGCAGAUCACCCACAUCCAGUAUGAGCAAAGCGGGACCUUUGUGCAGGAGCCCCAGAUCCAGUAUGUGCCGGUCUCGCCAGGGCAGCAGCAGGUGGUCAGCCAGGCCCAGCUGGAGGUGGCCGCUCACUCGGCGGUCACAGCCGUAGCCGACGCAGCCAUGGCCCAAGUCCCAUUCGGAACGGACCCCUCCGCGGACCAGAUCCACCACCUGCAGCCGGCCGUCCACUACGACAUCAUCACUUUGGGGGAGUAGGAAGGUCACCGCUUUGUGGGGGUCUCAACAGAAGAGGUCGUCAUGACGGAUGCACCCUGCUUCCUUUCUGCAUGCAGUGGCUUUGCAAUGGAGACUUUGCACCGGUCAGUCUGGCUGGACUCGGAAACACAAAGCCUCCUUCAGCGGGCAGGCAUUAUGUCCGGACAAGGACCCUCGUCUGGGGGCUUGGGCGGGGGGGGGGGGGGGCUUCCCAAUAAAUAACAGGAUAUCAACAA